UAGGGCACCCUGCCUCUUCCUGCUCCCAGGUAACCUCCAACUCUGCAAAAACCGGGACAGUCGUCCAGACUCGUCCACGGAUGGCGGAGGUGAGGGACGAACGCCCGCUCGGUGGCCGGAUGGAGGCCGGCGGGCCCUCAAACUCCCAGGAGCUGCCACCCUUGCCGCGGUCGCCGCCACCUCUGCCGUCGCCUCUGUCGCCCGCGGCCCCCGAGAUCCCCGAUCUCCCCCAGCCCGAGCCGUCUGAGGCCUAUGCCCGGCAACUGCUGCUGGAGGAGUGGGGGCCGCUGGGCAAGGGCCUGGAACUGCCCGAGCGCCUCACCUGGAAGCUGCUGCUCUUGCGGCGGCCGCUGUACCGCAACCUGCUGCGCGCGCCCAACCCCGAAGGUAUCAACAUCUAUGAGCCAGCGCCCCCUACUGGUCCCACCCAGCGACCCCUGGAGACUCUGGGCAAUUUCCGUGGAUGGAACAUUAGAACUGAAAUGCUCCAGAAAGAUCUAAGCUGGACGGUGAAGCAGCAGUGUGUGGACCUUCUGGCCGAGGGCCUGUGGGAGGAGCUGCUUGACGACGAGCAGCCGGACAUUACGGUCAUGGACUGGUUCGAGGACAGCCGGCUGGACAUGUGUGUCUAUGAGCUGCACGUGUGGCUGCUGGCAGCAGACCGCCGCACAGUCAUUGCACAACACCACGUGGCACCCCGGACCUCUGGGAGAGGCCCCCCUGGCCGCUGGGUGCAGGUGGCCCACGUAUUCCGCCAUUAUGGCUCUGGCGUGCGCUUCAUCCACUUCCUGCACAAGACCAAGAACCGCAUGGUGCCCGGUGGCCUGAAGAGGACGAGGGUGACAGACUCCUCCGUGUCUGUGCAGCUCAGGGAGUAACUGGCUGAGCCCAUGCCUGUCCUCGCCCCUUAUCUAACCACCCGACCCCCCCUAGACGUUACUUAAUUCCACUGAGUCACUCAGCACCACCUGCUCCCAUGGGGCCCUGCUCACCUCCUAGGCCCCUCAUUCCUGUCUGGCUCUGGGCUUCCCAUCUUCAAACAUCCUGGUGUGUCUGACUCUCCAAGCUCUGUGAGGGCAGGGGCACCUCCUUGCUUGUCAGAUAGCAGGUGCUCAAUGAGCCUUAGCUGAGCAAACGAAUAAAUAUAGGUGCCUGAGGAUG